CAUUGGCCAAUAUCAAAGUACCUAAGUCCAUUACCCCUGUUCAGAUGAAGAGGCGUUUGGAUGCCAGGAUAGGGGGUUAUGCCUAAGCCACAGGCAUCUUCAAUUCAUCUUCACUUUUCACUCGAACAUCAAUUCCGUGAAUUCCGACAUUGGAAUUCCCUUUCCCUCCUUCUAAAGCUUCUCCUAUGCUAGGCUUUAACAUUAUUUUGAGAACACCACCUUUCCUAGGUACCUAGUAGUAGGCACAUGUAUGCAUCCCUCUUAGAUUGCCAAUUCCAGAUAUCCAUAUCGAAUCGUCUCGGUGGUGGGGAGCUGAGGUUAGGCGUCCGCAUGAGACACGAUGUCUACAAAAUCAGCCUAGCUUCUUACAUAGAAGACCAAGCCUAGGCAGCAGGUAGAUACAAAGCAAUUGGUCGUCCAGUUCUAUGCCUGGUCUUCGAAACUUCAAUCAUCAAUUUGACAUUACCUUCUUCUUCGCAUCUUUGAUAAGAAAUCGCCAAUCACCAAUCGCAAUACCUGCAUAAUGAACGUGAUUCGCCGUUCUCGCACAUCUGGGACGGACCCUAUCAAGGUGCCACAGUCGGAGUCUAUCACUCAGCUCCGACCUAAAACGCCAUCGGCUUUCGAAAGUCUGCCACCUGAAAUUCAUUUACUUAUUAGUCAGGAACUUUCGUACCCCGAUGCACUAUCCCUCAAACAUACGAACAGCUACUUCUAUUACCUGGUCGAUACCGGACUAGAGCUCAAAGUGGAUUGGUUGAUCGAGCGUCGGAGUUUACAUUUAGAAUGCCCAAAUGAUCGACAAUGCGAUCUAGGUAGCGAUUUGAAAUUCUGCCGGGGUAGCGUAAGGUUGCUUAUGCAACGACGUCGUGAACAUAUCGAAUGCGAAUCGCGACCUGGUCUAGGAUGUCUAGUUUAUGGGACGAAGAAAUGUGCACAUCAACAACUAUUUAAAGUGCGAGUCAAAAGAUGGCUCAGAUCUCGUCUUACUAUCGAGCUAUGGUGGAUUCUUCUAGCACUGAUCCCGGCACUCUUGGGAUGUCUUUGGGUGACCGAAUUUACGAGAUGGCAAGCGGAAGGAUGAGUUCUGCUGUCACUUAGAGCAUCAGCCCCUAUUUUCUGACCACUGGGUAUUUCGACUAACCUCGGAAUUUAUCGUUCUUUCAUACGUGUUAUUCGAAUAGCGUAGUUGGGUAGUUUGUUUUAACAGCAUAGGCAUUCUAUAUAGGUACUGCAGUGCAGUAUCCAGCUAGGCAUUAGGGAUCCUUUUUUGUAUUAAUAUAUUCAUCGAAGGAUAUUCUCCAUCCCAGAUACCAAGAAUGGUCCCGAAAAGUUUAUGAUGCCUCCACAACGUCCAAGCAUAAUGAGGAGGAAGAUCGUCUAAACGUUGUGAAGGGGGUCAGGAGAUACAGUGUGGACAUACAGUGCACAAAUCAAACGCAUACGGCUCCAAUUUUCAAUCUUAAAAUUCAUCCAUCCUUGGACGCACCUCACUCUCAUUUCUUAGAAA